GGAGACAACUGGAAUAUUUAAGACAAGGCUACUUAAGAGACGAAAAACAGUCUUUGGUAUUGGAAAAAUCAGAGUGGGAAUCCUGAUGUCCCCAUUUUCCAGCUGCACAAUCCAUCUGGGGACAGGCACCGACCACUGGGGACAGACACCUACCACUCUGAGCCUUCAGGUCAUGGGGAUGAAAGGAGAAAACUCAGGAGGGAGCUUAGCGCAGCACCUGGCAACAGACACAGUGUGAGGAGCCAGGGAGCUGUCAGGUCUGUGUGGGUGCCUGCCCUGUCAGGAAGGAAAGAGAAGAGCUGGAGCCUGAAGGGAAAUGGACCCAGGCAGAAAAGGAGCAGCAGAGCCAAUCCUGGCUUCUAACAAAGGGGCAGAGAACGUUGUGCAGGCCCAGAGGGCUGGUGGUGCCCCAGAGAGCACAGAGAGCGGGGCUGGCACUGGGGAUCUGGAACUUUUAGAGGGCUUAGCUCAACCUCCCUCUUCUGUCCUGCCCAUAUUAACACUAGGUUGGUGGGCCUUGCAGUGCGGGAGGGAAGGGGAGGCAGUCCCCCCAUGGUUUGUACCCGCUUGAACCUAGUGACCAAUGAAGCUGCCUGAAGCAGGCAGCCAUCACUUCCUCUUCAGAGCCCCCAUCUGCCUAGGGGCCAAGUUGGGAAAUGGCUACUGUGGUGGGUCUUAGCCCAGAAGGGGUGGUAUGGGGAAGGAGAGGAUGAUGGGGAAACUUGGUGCCAGGGUGACCCCAAAUCUCUUGGUUUCUGCCUCUAGCCCGUCCAUUUAGCCACUGAGCACCCACUCUGAGCUGGACACAGGACUUGGAGGCGGGAAGUCCACAGAAAAAUGACUCACAGUCCCAGCACCUGGAGAAAGACCUCCCAGUUCCUGGGUCCUUGCCUCCUGCCAUUCUCAGCUCCCUUACCCACCAGACCCUCACCCAGCUUCUCUGAACCCCUGUCUCUUUUGCCCCUCUGACUUCGUUCUGGUCAGGUCUUAACCAGACUCCGCAGUGUGUGUGCUCCGAGAGGGAAGCGACACAAAGGAAGGAGGGGGGCAGAAAGGAGGGAAUCCCGCUGACAUCACUGCUCAUUAGCAUGUGUGACCUCAUCAGGGGGCGGGACAAUUUCCCCAGGUGUCGGGGGAGGAGGGCAAGGGGGUGGUAUUUAAGGGAAAAGCUGACAGUGCUGCUGAGUGAGGGAGUGGGUACUGCAAGCCGCGGGGCUGCACACGCACACGGAUGCACACGGACCUCGACACCGACAUGGACACGGACACAGAAACCACAGCACUCUGCCCCUCUGGCAGCCACCAGGCCUCCCCUCCAGGGACGCCCACACCAGAAACAGAUGCCUCACUGCUGAAGAAGCCAGAGAAGCUGCUGGCAGGGUUGGACCGGGGUGGGCCACCCCCUGCCCCAGGGGCCCCCAGACGAAGAGGCAGUAUGCCUGUCCCCUACAAGCACCAGCUGCGGCGCGCCCAGGCCAUAGAUGAACUUGACUGGCCACCUCAAGCCUCAUCCUCUGGUUCCUCUGACUCCUUGGGCUCAGGGGAGGCAGGCCCCACCCAAAAGGAUGGCAUCUUCAAAGUCAUGCUGGUAGGGGAGAGCGGCGUGGGCAAGAGCACCCUAGCAGGCACUUUCGGUGGUCUCCAGGGAGACAGUGCUCAUGAGCCGGAGAACCCAGAGGACACUUAUGAAAGACGCAUCACGGUGGAUAAGGAGGAAGUGACUCUAAUUGUUUAUGACAUCUGGGAACAGGGGGACGCAGGGGGGUGGCUGCGGGACCACUGCCUUCAGACCGGGGAUGCCUUUCUCAUCGUCUUCUCAGUCACCGACCGGCGAAGUUUCUCCAAAGUUCCAGAGACCCUACUUCGGCUGCGAGCUGAGAGGCCCCACCACGACCUCCCUGUCAUCCUCGUGGGAAACAAGAGUGACUUGGCCCGCUCCCGGGAGGUCUCACUGGAGGGCCGCCACCUGGCAGGGACCCUGAGCUGCAAGCACAUCGAGACGUCGGCCGCGCUGCACCACAACACGCGGGAGCUCUUCGAGGGCGCGGUGCGCCAGAUCCGGCUGCGCCGGGGACGGAGCCGCGCCCGGGGCCCGCGGCCCGAGUGGGGCUGUCCAGACGGCCCCCCGCCGCCCGCGCGCCGAGAGAGCCUCACCAAGAAGGCCAAGCGCUUCCUGGCCAACCUGGUGCCGCGCAACGCCAAGUUCUUCAAGCAGCGCUCCAGGUCGUGUCACGACCUCUCCGUGCUCUGAUCCGCGGUCGCCAUGGUCACCGCGGUCGCCAUGGUCACCGCGCCCUCUGCUGUCCCCACCUCGCCCUGCCCCGCCCCCGUCCGGCUUCCUCUGCGAAUACCUUCUAGGAAACCAAAAACGCCCAGGGCGCCCAGCCACCCGCCCGCGUCUCCUCCAGCGCCCUCCACCACCGCGCGCGCCCCGGCUACCUCUCCGCCCCAGAGCGCCUAGAAGGCGAGGACGCAGACCUGCGGGCGGACGCGCUGCGGCCAGGGCCAAGGCGGCUUUUGGAGGGCCAGAGGGGCUAUACUUCCGCCAGCUGUUUUGACUUAAUUAUUAAGUCACGGCUUGACCACCUCUCCCGGAAAGAGAUCCUAAAAGCGAGAACAGGGAAAGUGCUUCGUAGACCCCUUUCCAGUUCUCCACCUUUAUACUCCGCGCGAGCACGCCUCACCUUUAAGAGAUCCUUAAAGGUAAAGACACGGAGACGCUUCUUUGAGACUUUUCCUAAAACGUGCUGGUUCUUAGUUGCGGCACUUGUCCACUUUGCCUUUAAGAACUUCUUAAAGGCAAAGGCCUGGAAGCGCUGUUCAUCAGAGUUGAUUCUGUGAUUCACCACCACACCAGGGCACUUCCCUUUUAAGGUUAUUAAAGGUAAGGUUGGGACAGACUUUUGCCUUCAGAGGCCACAGCGAAGAGCUGAGCAGGUGGCACCGCCCCCUUUGGCCAGGGCCCAGGAGCCCCCAGCGAGGGAGCCACCCUUCCCUUUUCAAUAAAGAACUUUUCUACAUUU